AAUCAAGAUCAUUCUGUAUUAAAAAGCAUUUCGUCUGAAUAAUUUAAAUUCAGAAUGGUGAUUCUUUACAGUUGUUAAUAAAUAUGGCAACUUGCAUGGUGUAUACAAAUUGAGUAUUGUAGGUUUCGUUUGUCUGUAUUUAAAUAUUUAAAUAAUAAAACUUAAGCAUGAAGAUUACACUUUUGUUCUCUAAAAAACAUUUGCCAUAUUGUAAGAAUAAUACGUUCUUCAAGAGCGUUAUUACUCGGUAUGCUUCGACCGGCAUAAGCAAAUUCUCCAGUGGGUCUGUUACAAAUGAGAUAAAGAAGGAUAUAGAAGAAUACUGGAGAGAUAAAAUUAAUUUGCAUAAAUAUAAUGAUACAGAUAAUGGAAAACAGAAGUUUUAUGUUUUAUCAAUGUUUCCUUAUCCUUCUGGAAUACUUCACAUGGGACAUGUAAGAGUUUAUACUAUAAGCGACACUGUUGCUCGUUUUUAUAGGAUGAAAGGAUACAAUGUUUUGCAUCCAAUGGGCUGGGAUGCCUUUGGCUUACCAGCAGAGAAUGCUGCAAUUGAAAAAUCCAUCAGCCCAGCCACCUGGACAUAUAAUAACAUCAAGAACAUGAAAGAACAGUUGAAUGCGAUGAAUUUGUCCUUUGAUUGGGACAGGGAAUUUGCUACAUGCGAUCCUGAGUAUUAUAAAUGGACACAAGAAUUAUUUUUGAUGUUAUUUGAAAAUGGUUUAGUUUACAGAAAAGAAUCAUUUGUUAAUUGGGAUCCUAUCGAUGAAACUGUGCUGGCAGAGGAACAGGUUGAUGAGAACAAUUAUUCUUGGAGAUCAGGUGCUAAAGUACAGAAGAAACUAUUGAAUCAGUGGUUCAUUAGAACCACAGCAUUUGCUAAGACAUUACUCGAAGGUUUAGAUGAUCCGACACUGAAGGAAUGGAAAGAUGUCAAGAAAAUACAACAAAAUUGGAUACGCAAAUGUAAUGGGACGAGCUUUGAAUUACAAUUGAUAGGAAACAUCCCGAACUAUCCGAAAACACUAAAUGUUUGGACCAAUUGCCCGGAAUUUAUUGAGCAUGCGAAGUUCGUUGCAAUAUCUCCAAAUAGUUUAUUGAACAGAUCAGAAUACUGCCAAGAUGUGGCAGAAGGGAUCAAAGUGAUUGAUGCCAAAGUAUUGAAUCCGUUUAACGGAAACGAACUGCCAAUAUUCGUAACAGACAAACUACCAUUUGAAGAAUUUCGAGAUACUUAUCUUGGUAUACCUGCCGCCUCGAUGGACGAUUAUCAAUUCUCUGAAAGAGUCGGGAUCGAAUAUCAAAGGCACUCCUUAAGGAAUUACGAAGAACAACAACUUAAACUUACAGAAGUAUUAUCUAAAGCAAGAAAAUGGAAGAUCGGUGGAUAUGCUGUUAGUUCAAGACUGCAAGAUUGGUUAAUAUCUAGACAAAGGUAUUGGGGUACGCCGAUUCCGAUUGUUCACUGCUCGAAUUGCGGUAUUCAACCAGUUCCACGUGACCAGCUUCCUGUGGCUCUACCAGAUUUAAGUUUCUCGUCUGUGAGUAAAAAGUGUACAUUAAGCAUGGCAAAGGAUUGGUUAAAUACUUCGUGUCCGAAGUGUGGAGGCCAAGCGAUCAGAGAAUCCGAUACAAUGGACACAUUCGUAGAUAGCUCGUGGUACUAUCUAAGAUACAUCGAUCCGAAAAAUAAGGAGGAAAUGUUCUCCGUUGACAAAGCAAAAACGACGUUUCCCGUUGAUCUUUACGUAGGUGGAAAAGAACAUGCAAUGCUACAUCUGUAUUAUGCGAGAUUCAUGAGCCACUUUUUACACUCGGAAGGGCUCUUACCCAGCCAAGAACCAUUUAAGCAAUUGCUAGUACAGGGUAUGGUAUGUGGUAUGACGUAUCAAGUACAGAGUACAGGGAAAUAUCUGAGAGCAGAUGAAGUGGAGGAGAAGGACAGAAAGUACAUAGAGAAAAUUAGCAAGGAACCGGUAAUCGCGUCAUGGGAGAAAAUGUCUAAAUCGAAACACAAUGGAGUCGACCCUGUCGAAGUAUUAAACGAAUACGGAAUCGAUACAACCAGGCUUUUCAUAUUAGCCGACCACGCGCCGACCUCGGAUAAAUAUUGGAGUAAGGAGACUAUGCCGGGAAUAUUAAAUUGGCAAGAACGUUUGUGGAGGACGGUGAAAAGUUUUACGGAUUAUCGCAAUAGCGUGAAUUUGGAGGAACUUCAUGCAGAACCUACCGAUCCAAAAUUUACGAAAGACGAUGACUACAUGUUCGACAGUCGAAAUUAUUUCUUGAAGACGGCGACGUUUAAUAUAAUCGAAUCUCAACAGUUGAGUGUUGCAAUAUCGAGAAUGCAAGGGCUUACGAACAGUUUGCGCAAAGUGAGCACGGAGUGUAUGAAUAAGAGCCGUGAAUAUGAACGCGCGUUAGCAGUUCAGAUUAUAAUGCUCGCACCGUUCGCACCGCACUUCGCUUCCGAAUUAUGGAGUGCCUUUUGUGCGGCGAAACAUCAUCUGAUAAGUGAAGACGAGGUAGAUUUAGACACAGAUGUCAUGGAACAAAAAUGGCCAGAAAUCGAUAAGAAUUACAACAUGACGUUGGAGGUCAGGGUAAAUAGUGCGUUAGUGACAAAAAUCAAAGUGCCCAAAUAUGAAUUGGACAAAUUGUCACUCGAGGCGGCUCUUGACUUGACGGAGAAUUCGCGAGACGUCCAGAAACGUUUAAAGAAUCGUAAGAUCAUCGAGUCUAAACUUCUUUCAAGGGAAGGCUGCGAUUCAAAAAUAUUCAUUUCAACAGAGAAACUUUCAAAGAGCAUCGCGACAUAAUACUACAUUAGGUAAGACAAAUAAAACUCAAAUGAACAUUGUAAAUACUAGAUCAUCACGUAAUCUUCAAUUGUAUUUGUACAUAAAGAUACUUAUUGUGUAAAUAAACAUUUUCUGUAAUACUUAAAGAAUACAGUUAAUGUAUACACUCUCAGAGAAAAAGAUUGCACACAUGUGAAGAUCUUUUUAUCUAGGAAUAAAGAUAAAUAUUAAAGACCUUACCAAAUA